AGGGAUUUGACGUCAGCUCAACCCGGCAGGCACCCUCGCUUAAAAGCUCCUUCACAGACAAAAUACCAUCCCAACUUUGACCAGGAAUGCAAGACUGGUCAAAUGCGUCUUAGCAGCUGGCGUCUGCUACUCUUCUCGGUCCUAACACUUAUUAUGUCCAUUAUCCUUCCAACCCUUUACAAAACAAACCCAUUGCUGCUCUCAACUCUACGAAACAAGUUCAUCACAACAACAACAACAACAACAACAACAACAGUAACAACAACAAAUAACCUCUUCUUCCGCCAAACUCACAAAAUGACCACCGUCCAUCACCCCUCCCACCCGUCCAUCCCCAUCACCCUCCCCGACAGUCUCACAAAAGACCAACUCCUCAAUUUCCAUCCCUUUACCUCGUGGCUAUCAACCCUGACUACCUCUCUCACCUCCCAAUCCACCACCCUUUCCCACCCCUUCUCCCCCAACCCAUACACCCUCCGUUCUGUCAAAAUCCAAUCAUUCGACCUAUUCGGCCCCAGAGUCGGCUUCCUCAAGCUUGUAGCCGAUGUCAAAAACGAUAAAAACGAGACGCUCCCCGGCGCGGUGUUUCUGAGAGGACCAUCGGUGGCUAUGCUUGUGAUGCUCAUACCUGAUGAUGGCAAGGAUGAGGAGGAGAGGUACGUUUUGCUGACGGUGCAGCCGAGGGUUGCGGCGGGGAGUCUGGAGUUUGUGGAGUUGCCUGCGGGGAUGGUGGAUGAGGAUGGGGAGUUUGUGGGGACGGCGGCGAGGGAGAUUGAGGAGGAGUUGGGGAUUAGGAUUGAGGAACGGGAGUUGAGGAAUCUGAGUGAGAUGGCGUUGGGGGAGGAGGGAAGGGGGCAGGGGUUGGGAAGGGGGGUGUACCCUAGUCCGGGGGCGUGUGAUGAGUUUAUACCUAUUUUUAUGCAUGAGAGGCGGGUGCCGAGAGAUACGUUGAAGGAGUGGGAGGGGAAGUUGACGGGGUUGAGGGAGUAUGGGGAGAAGAUUAGUUUGAGGUUGGUGAAGAUGGGUGAUUUGUGGAGGGUGGGCGGGAGGGACGGGAAGACGUUGGCUGCUGUCGCGCUGUGGGAGGGGUUGAGGAGGGAGGGGAGGGUGUAG